CUUUUGUUACAUUAAAAAUAUCAAAUGAGUUCCCAAGUAUCAAAAGCAAGGACGCCAUAUAAUAGAAAAGGUAUACGAAGUCAUGGUAAAGGUGGAUAUCAACCUACUCCUGGAUCUGUACUUCCUAACAAGAUGAAAGAUGAAUUGGACGAACUUGAACCAGAUACUGAAGAUACUCGCAAAUUUAGCAAAAAGUAUGUCAACAAGGCAGCCAAUAGAAAGGAACUUCGAAAACAAAAACGGUUAGACAAGGGAAAACGACGACAAGACUAUCAACAACAUCAAAAGACCUAUGGUAAACGAACAACAGUGGAAGAUGUAGGAUCUACCAAACGACAAAAAACAAACAAACAAGAUAAACCGAAAAAUCAACAACCGACAAAGAAUAACCAACAGGAAAAGACAGAUCAACAAGCUAUGCAAGAUCUCGCUCGUACUAAUCCUCACCUCUACUCUCUCUUGGAUGCCGACCAAUUGAUCAACAAUGAUACAACAACAGAUCCUCGCCUUCAUCAAGAUGCUUUUGCUGAAGAUGAUCAAUACAUUGCCUAUUGGGAGAAAAAGCUGAAAAUUGACAAAAACAAAACGUUGGGAAAGGCUUUUGUUGACGAUGGUUUGAUGGAUAUUUUGGGUGACCUCGGUAAUCAAACUGAGGAUCAUACUGGAACUUCUUUUGAUGAUUUGGAGUAUUUGCGACAAAAACGAUUAAAGAAGAAACAACAAGUACAAGAUGAAAAAUGGGAACAAGAUGCUGAAAAUGCUGUGGAUGACUUGUUGGAUGGUUUGGAAUCUGAAGAAGAAGAAGAAGAAGAGGAAGAAGAAGAGGAAGAAGAAGAAGAAGAGGAAGUAAAAGAAGAUGAUGAUAUGACUGGGUUUGAUAUGGAACAAAGUGAUUCUGAUCAAGAAGAUGUAGAAAAUGAACAAUUGGAUUCUGAUAUGGAAAAUAAAGAUAUUGAGAAGAACAAGGAGCCAGCUCCAUCUACUGCUUCGACAGUAGCUACUAAAUACAUCCCUCCUCAUUUACGCAAAAAGGCAAGCACCAAAACGGAACAACAAUUGCGCUUACAGAAACAAAUUCAAGGUUUACUCAACAAAUUGAGUGAAAGCAAUAUGGAAACCAUUCUAUUAGAAAUUGAAAAGUUAUAUGGUGAUUAUCCAAGAAAUGAUGUCAACUCUACCAUCACAGAACUUAUUCUUACUUCGAUUGCUCAAAAAUCAAAUCUUUUGGAUUCUUUUGUUAUCACUUAUGCAACCAUUGUGGGUAGUUUAUAUCGAUUGAUUGGGAUUGAAUUUGCUGCUUAUUUUGUCCAAACGUUGAUGGAAACUUUUGAAAAGAAUUACAAGUCAUCACAAACUGCCAUCGCUAGUGGUCAAGAUCAAGGGGAAGAAGGACCUAUGGGUGCUCGUGAAACCAAGAAUUUGUUGACUUUGACUCUGGAACUUUACAAUUUUCAAGUGAUUUCAUGUAUUCUUGUGUAUGAUUUAGUCCGACUUUUGAUUGAAAACAUGGAUGAACAAAGUGUGGAAUUAUUACUCAAGAUAGUACGAACUUGUGGUGCUCAAAUGCGAGCAGAUGAUCCAGCUUCAUUGAAGGAUAUCAUUGAUGAAAUUCAAAAACAAAGCAAUAAAAAGGAUCCAGCUUCUAUAUCCACUCGACAUAAAUUCAUGCUUGAAACCAUUACCAAUGUCAAGAACAAUAAAUUCAAAAGUGGUGAAAUGGCGGCAAGACAAAGUGAUAAGGAUAUGGUAUUGAAAAUGAAGAAAUUCUUGAAUGGAUUAGGCAAAAAACGAACAGUUCGUAGUGCGGAACCCUUACGAGUUAGUCUUCAAGAUAUUCAUGAUAUUGAUACUAAAGGCAAAUGGUGGUUAGUGGGUGCUUCUUGGAAAGCGAAUCUUGUUGGUACUGAAAGUGAACAUAAUAAAAAAACCUCACAAAAGUUGGCUUCUGAUUUGAAAAAGGAUCAAUCUCUUCAAGUGGCAUUACUUAAAUUGGCAAGAAAACAAGGAAUGAACACAGAUAUUCGACGAAGUAUCUUUGUUUCUAUCAUGGGCGCAGAGGAUUAUUUGGAUGCUUUCGAAAAAUUGAUGAAAUUGGCAUUAACUGAAGUUCAACAACGUGAAAUCCCUCGUGUAUUAUUACAAUGCACUGGCAAUGAAAAGACGUUCAAUCCAUUCUAUAUGUAUGUUAGUCAACGUUUAUGUCAAUUCAGCCAUUCAUACCGAGUGACGUAUCAAUAUUGUUUGUGGGACUUUUUACGUGAUCUUGGACAAACUGAAGUGGGAGGAUUGGAACGCAACAAUAGUAGCACUCUGGACCAAAAAGCCAUUCGUAUCAGUCGGAUCGUGAAUGUUGGGAAAUUUUAUGCACAUCUUUUAGCCAAACAGACAUUGACAUUGACGAUCCUUCGCACCAUCAACUUUAUGUCAUUGACACGCAAUGCACAAGUAUUUUUGGACGUGUUGUUUGCCCAUCUUUUACUCCAAUUAGGUGAAACGGAUGAUCUCAAACAAGUGUUCCUCAAGAUAUGUCAUUUACCCACCUUGGCUCAAGGGGUGAUGUUACAUUUGCAAGGCUCAUUAUUGGAAGGUAACCGGACUGGUUUGACUGAACAAGAAAUGGAAAUUGUACAAGAACGAUGUCGUUUGGUCAAGAUCAUUUUGAAAACUGCUUCAUCCUCAUCCUCUUUAGAUUAAUAGUUUAGUGUUGUUAGUGAUAUAAAACAUAUUCAUCAUCAUUUUUUUUUUUUUUUUGUAUUUUU